CCCGGGAGCGCGCCUGCCUGCGGGAAGCUCGUUCCUGAACUGGCGGAGCGGAGCUGAACUCGGAGCUGUACUCGGAGCGCUGCCCGCAGGAAGUUUUACAGACUGAAACGCGCUGAGGGAACCGCAGCACGGGAAUACACACUCUCCGCAGGAUUAUUCCCAGCCUCCGGGGAGCGUUGAGGAGUUAUUGAGCGGGUGAUUAUGGACUAAAGUCCGGCGGAGAGCGAUGGAGGCGGUGAGAAGUUUAGGGCUCGUGCUGGCGCUGCUGGCCGGGGCCGUGGCGAGAUCUGCGGGGAGAGAAGUAUGCCUGGGGACGGAUAUGAAGCUGGCCUUACCCUCCAGUCUGGAGAAUCACUAUGAAAUGCUACGACUCCUUUAUACCGACUGCCAGGUCGUCCACGGCAAUCUGGAAAUCACACACCUACAAGGAAAGCAAGACCUCUCCUUUCUGGAGGGUAUAGUGGAGGUUCAGGGCUAUGUGCUGAUUGCCCACGUCUCUGUUCCUGUGAUUCCCCUGAAGAAUCUGCGCAUCAUCCGAGGCAGUCAGCUGUAUAACUCCAGUUUUGCCCUGGCUGCUCUGGAAAACCCUCAAGUCGAGCAGCUCCAGUUCAGCAGCCUCACAGAGAUUCUGCUGGGUGAGGUGUAUAUAUGGGGGAACCCUCAGCUGUGCUACCCCCGGAACAUCAACUGGAAGGACAUUGUUGGGGACAGCAAGUCAAUCCGGGUUCAGUCUGCAGUGCCUUACUGUACGUCUUGUCCAGCAACCUGUGGCUCCAGAGGAUGUUGGGGACGAGCUGCAGAAGAUUGCCAAACACUGACCCGCAUCCCCUGUGCGUCUGGCUGCACGCGCUGCAAGGGUCCCGACGCCAGCGACUGCUGCCAUGUCCAGUGUGCUGCGGGUUGUUCUGGUCCCAAAGACUCGGACUGUCUGGCAUGCCGUCACUUUAACGACAGCGGGACGUGUAGAGACAACUGCCCGCCGCCCAUAAUCUACGACCCCCUGACCUAUCAGUCCAAACCCAACCCCAACAAGAAGUUCAGCUUUGGAGCCACCUGCGUAAAACAGUGCCCACAUAAUUACCUGGCUAUGGAGGUGGCAUGUACUUUGGUUUGCCCCAAAGCUAAUCAGGAAGUCAUCACCAUUGAACCAGACGCACAAGAAACGCAAAAGUGUGAAAAGUGUGACGGGGAGUGUCCCAAAGUGUGUUACGGGUUAGGCAUGGGGAGUCUACAGAGGGUGAUGGCGGUGAACUCCUCCAACAUUGGCUUAUUCAAAGGCUGCAAGAAAAUCUACGGCAGCCUGGCCUUCCUCACACAGUCUUUUAAAGGCGACCCGUUUUCCAACUUGUCCAGCCUGCAGCCCGAUGACCUUGAGGUGUUCCGGACGCUGGAAGAAAUCACAGGCUACCUGUACAUUGAUGCAUGGCCGCAAAACUGGACGGACUUGGGCGUGUUUGAAAACCUGAAGGUGAUCAGAGGACGAAUGCUGUACAAAGGUGUAUUCUCGCUGGGUGUUCAGUCUCUACAGAUUGAGUCUCUGGGACUGCGAUCUCUGCGCAGCGUGAGUGGCGGUUUGGUUCUGGUCCACAACAACCCUCAGCUUUGUUACACCUCCUCUCUGCCCUGGUCCAGCCUGCUGUACCCCAGCCAGGAGCCCAACCUCAUCAGCAACAACAACAGAGAGCCACAAGCCUGCGAGGCAGAGGGGCACCAGUGUGACCCCCUGUGCAAAGACGGAGCUUGUUGGGGUCCUGGGCCAAGCCAGUGUGUGUCAUGCAAGUCCUAUCAGCGGGGCACAGAGUGUGUGGAGCAGUGCAACAUUUGGAGCGGCUUGCAGAGGGAGUUCAUUGAUGGCUCUUCCUGCAUUCCCUGUCACGCUGAGUGCCGACCAAUCAAUGGCUCUGCUUCCUGCAUUGGCCCUGGAGCAGAUGACUGUAACGAGUGCUUGAACUACCAGGAUGGAGACAUGUGUGUGGAUCAAUGUCCCAAGAGUAUAAAAGGAGACCGGCACAACGUGUGGAAAUACAGCAAUGAGAGCGGAUACUGCUUACCAUGUCCCCACAACUGCUCUUUAAAUUGUCUCACGGAUGAGAGAGGGUGUCCCAUUCAGCAGAAAUCUGGACCCGGUACAACCAUAGCAGCGGCGAUGGGUGGCGUGGUCCUGUUCCUCAUCCUGCUGGCUCUGCUGAUCUUCUACCUGCGCCGACAGAAACGCAUGAAGAAGAAGGAAACCAUGAGGAGGAUCCUGCAGGAGCAUGAGCUGGUGGAGCCACUUACCCCGAGUGGAGCCAUGCCGAACCAGGCUCAGAUGCGCAUCCUGAAGGAGACGGAGCUGAAGAAGCUCAGAGUGCUGGGCUCCGGAGCAUUCGGCACUGUCUAUAAGGGGAUCUGGGCUCCAGAUGGGGAGAAGGUGAAGAUUCCAGUGGCCAUCAAAGUGUUGCGUGAGAACACUUCACCUAAAGCCAACAAGGAGAUUCUUGAUGAGGCGUAUGUAAUGGCAGGAGUUGCUAGUCCGUACGUUUGCCGUUUGCUGGGUAUCUGCCUGACCUCCACCGUGCAGCUCGUCACUCAGCUGAUGCCGUACGGCUGCCUGCUGGACUACGUCCGCGAGAACAAGGACCACAUCGGCUCCCAGUACCUCCUCAACUGGUGUGUGCAGAUCGCUAAGGGUAUGAGUUACCUUGAAGACGUUAGACUGGUCCACAGAGAUCUUGCAGCCCGGAACGUUCUGGUAAAAAGUCCCAACCAUGUGAAGAUCACUGAUUUUGGGCUGGCCCGGCUCCUGGAUAUAGAUGAGACGGAGUAUCACGCUGAUGGGGGAAAGGUACCCAUUAAAUGGAUGGCACUGGAGUCCAUCCUGCACAGGAGAUUCACUCACCAGAGCGACGUGUGGAGUUACGGAGUGACCGUUUGGGAGCUGAUGACCUUUGGCAUGAAGCCGUAUGACCUCAUCCCGGCGCGGGAUAUCCCAGAGCUGCUGGAGGGCGGAGAGAGGCUGCCUCAGCCCCUUAUCUGCACCAUAGACGUCUACAUGAUCAUGGUCAAAUGUUGGAUGAUUGAUCCUGAGAGUCGUCCAAAGUUUAAGGAGCUUGUAACCAACUUCAGCUGCAUGGCACGAGAUCCACCACGUUAUGUGGUCAUCCAGAAUGACGAGCAGAUGAGUCUUUCCAGUCCGGUUGACAGUCAGUUUUUCCGCACCCUGCUGGCGGAGGAGGGAGGAAACGUGAAGGAGCUUCUGGAUGCUGAGGAGUAUCUGGUUCCCCAGCCAGGCUUUUUCAACCCACAGGCUGAGAGUUCAGCCAACGGACCCAGCAGACACCAUUCCCACAGGAGCACAGAUCUGGGCCUAGAGGUGGAUGGCCCAGUGAGUGGGCGGAGCAUGCACUCAUCAGUCAGUACUUUGGGGAGGAGUCAGUACCCAACGCUUCCUGUAGGGGCUACUGCUAACGGAGUGUGGGGCGGGUCCAUGUACCCCUCUUUGGCUCGUAGCAUCUCCCAUCGCUCGGCUGGCGGACACUCGGACUCUGUGUUUAUGGACGGCGGAGCGGAAGAGUGCGGCCCACCCUCCAGCCCGGGGCGCUACAGCAAAGACCCUACCUUCCCCACCGGCAUGGAGGAAGAAAUGGAGACAGACGGUCCUGCCAGAUACCUGUCUCACACACUACCGCGGAAAACACACACACAGCCAGAGUAUGUAAAUCAGGAGGUGAAGUCGGAGCGGCCCAGCACUCUGCCACGCAAAGCAGGCGAGAGGCGUGUUCUGAACGGCCUCAGCCCCGGGCGCAGCGUGGAGAACCCUGAGUAUCUGGUUCCCGUGGCGAACCACUCGCCCGUAUCACCAGCAUUUGACAACCCGUACUACCUGGACCUGGUGGCUAAGGCCAAGGUGGCAAACGGAGGCUCUCCACAGUACAUGCAGCUGAACGGCUACGUCACCCCGACGGCGGAAAACCCUGAAUAUCUGGGGCUGGCGGAGACCUGGAGCGGCCAGAGAGAUUACACCUGAGGACAAUGAGAGCUGGAGUGUGUGUAUAUUGUGUGUGUUACUGUAUAAAUGAAUGCUUUUUAACGAGAGUGUGAAUGAACGAAUGAAAGGUCUUUGGUGCUUUACCGUUCCAGGGAACACUUAUGGUGAUGGAAGUUCCAACCUACAGGGAAACAACAAUUUCUCAAUUUUCUAGCAAGUCACCCCCACACAAUCUGAUGUAGCAUUUUUUAUAUGGAAUAAGCCAAUGAGGCCAUCUUUCAUUUAAACUUUUCAGAACUCAAAGCUGAAGAAAUUGAGCUAUUAAAGAAACACAGAAAUGGACAGCGUUGGACGGUACGAGCUAACCCGGAUGUUAUAAGACGUUUCUUUUGUAGCGAAACAAACACGAAUGUUAAAAAAAAAUAAAAAAAAAAAAACACUGGACAGGACAAUUUAUCAGGAAAUAACUACUAUUUUCUUUUUUUUUUAUAAAGGCUGUUUUAUUUUCUUUGUCUCUGUUUUUCCCCAUUACCUCGUGUCUAGUGGCUUGAAUUGACUUGCAUUCUCACCACCGCAGCCAGGGUUUGCUUCUACAGUACAGUUUCCUUCUGGAUCAUUUAAGUACUUUUAUUGUAUUUUACUCUACAUACAAUCACAUUAUGGAGCUCGAAUCUUCCAAUAUGGGGAGCUAGUCUAGAGCCAUUCCCCCCUGAAUUUCCAGGCAACAUGGAACAAUCCGCAAAGACUUACAGACGGCACAAUCAAAGACACAGCCGGAGCAGCUGGGCCAUUAUGGGAACUCGUGAAUAAGACACUCUGUUGUUGUCUCAGGCACGGACACUGAGAGUGAUACAGAAGGGAGAUAUAUCCAAAAAUCCUCAUGAAUUGGCCUGUUAAAAGCGUAUUCCAGCAUUUUUCAACCUAAUCUGCUGCCCCACGAUCGUGCGGCAAUAAUUGUUCGUUUUAAUAACACAUUUUUUUGUUUAGGAAAAGUCCGAAAAAACCUGACGUUCUCUUCUAUUAUUAUCAUUAUAUUUUAAUCAUUUUAUUUUAUUCUUUAUUAAAUGUUUAAAUGCUAACAGCUGUGGCAGACAGAGAUUAGGUUGUAAAAUGCUGCCUUGCUCUAGACUAUCUCUCAUGUGCAGCCCUUUUUCACUUGGUUUUGUUUAAACAGAAGCUUCUGUCCACUCCAUUAGUUUCACAUUAAGGACUAAAAGUGUAGCACAAGACCAAGUUUAAUGUCUGGUACUUAUUAUUCUUGUCAGUAUGAAGCGGGACUGUUUUGUUUUUUUAUGGUCACUUGUUUAUUGAAGUUCAGUCGCCACGAGGAUGUCUUGGGUUUAUUUCCAAUACUGUGUAAUUUUAAAUGAGCAGACUAUGAGCACCUUGGGAUAAAAAAAUAAUUUGACUUGUUUUACAUUGUGCAGCAGUGGAAACUUUUGUUUAAUACAGUUUGUACCUUUUAUGUGAUAAA